AUGCCAGGCUUAUUCCGUAUACUCACCGCUCUCGCUUUGGGACUGGCUCCUCUCGUUCAGGGCCAAGGUCAGAGCUCUGUUCCGGCACUAGGAGCUCCUGUAGCAGAGAUCUUUCAUGGGGCUACAGCUUCCGCAGCGACAGCUCCUGUCCGUGAACUCGCAGCUGGUGUGGCCCCAACUAUUUUGAGCUUCUUUGAGCACUUUAAUUAUCGUGGUGAAUGCUUUUCAUGUGGGUGGCCUCCCUACGGCAAGUGCGUAAGAAUCACUCCAGGAAACAAGAAGAGCGUCGCCUCUGGAAUUGUCAUCCAGCAGAUGGACACACGUAAGGGCUAUACGUCCGUAACGUUUUACGAAGGAGACAGUUGCAAUGGGACAUAUUUCCGAAACUCGGGUGAAUGGCAGGACGAAAUUAUCGCUUAUGCGACGCUGGCUGACUUUAAUGAUAAAAUCAAGUCCUACGUCAUUAACGACUCCGAAUUGGAGCCAGGAGUAGGAGUGAAACCUGAUCCGGAUAAGGAUCCACUUACAGAGAUCUGCACUACCGACUAUUGCUACCAUCCCUAAUUAAAAUUUGACAAUGCUC